AUGUCCUUCUUCGGCUUUGACAAUCACCACGACCUCGAGCACGAAAGACGCAAGUUUCUUGAAGGAGGUGCCCAUGACGAUAUAGCCGUUGUCACUUGGGGCGAAGAGAGCUACGACGGGCUCGGAGAUGCGUUGCAGGAGGGCGGCGAUGAUUUCAACGACGAGACUUUCGGUGGUGGUGGCAGAAUAGGCAAGGAUUUUGACUUCUCCGGCACGGCGCUGCCCGAAAAGCGGCAUCAGCAGGAGCACGUUCCCCAACCUGGCCCGUCAUUCCAACAGCAAUCGCGAGCACCGCAAAAACCCCAUACCCCGUCUCAUCCCGAAUCCCCUCACCCUUCGCAGUUGGAUGCGAUAUGGGGGAACAAGUCCUCUCCCUUCUCCGUGCUCCCUCGCAGCAACGGCUCUGGUCGAGGCUUCGACCAUGCGUCCAGCCCAAGGCAUUCGCCCAUGCCGGGCCAGCAAGGCGCGGGCUCGCACAAGCCUACCAGCCUCAACCUCGGCCCCGACAUGCACAAGGGCGUGCGCACGCUGGAGGAGAUCGAGAAGGAGAUGAGGGCUGCCGCGCAGGCCCAGCACCGACAGCAGCAACAGCAGGCCCAGCAGCUCGAACAGCAGUUCGAGCAGCAGCUCCAUCUGCAGCACCAGCAUCAGCACCAGCACCAGUUGCUGCAGCAGUCGCAGCCGUCGCCCUCCCAGAGCCUCAUGCAGUCCCCUCCCGCGCCCAUGCCCAACCAAAGCCCUGGCGUCGGCGUCGGCGUCGUUGCGGCCGCGGCCGCGACUCCCCCGCCUCGGAUGCACCCCCACUCGCAGUCGCCGCGCUUCCACCAGCAGCAGCAACAGCACCAGAUCCACCUCCUCCAGAUGCAACAGCAACAGCAGCAACGCCAGUUGCUCGAGCUCCAGGAGCAGCGCGAGCGGUUCCAGCGGCAGCAGCUACUUGAGCUCCAGGAGCAGCUGAAGAUCGAGGAGCUUGAGAGGCAGCAGCAGAUCCGCCUGAUUCAGAUGCAAGCCGACGCGGCCAGCGAGGCGCUCCUGCACAACCAGCUCCUUCAGCAGCGUGGGAUGAGCCCGGCCGUCGACGGUCGAGGACGGCAACGCGUCGGACGGCAGUCUCCUGCGAUGAUGGCUCCUCAGAUGGACGGUCCGAUGGGUCAGAACGUUGGCUACCUGCCGCAGAACAUCCAGAUGCAGCAGCGCCUCCUCGCAGAGAUGGCUCAAGCGGAGUUUUUGAGCACGAUGCAGGGGCCCGGGCUGGAGCGCGAGCUGAGGGAAGCGAGGGAGAUUCAAGAUAUCCUGAGGUCUAUGCGAUUCGUUCCCUUGCUUAUAGUUGAGGAACAGUCUCGCUAUAACGAUCUCAUGACGCAAUCCGACAAGGACUUCAUCACCCGCAUACAAGUUUCGCAACUCGUCACUCAGGACCCUUACGCCGAUGACUUCUACGCUCAAGUAUACACUGCUCUCAUCCGCUCGCGUAUGGGUAUCCCUACAUCCGAAGAUCGUGUACUCCGCUUUGGAUCCGGCGGAGGUGUUGGUCUAGGUGUCGGUCAAAAGAUUCCCAGCGGCCGUAGGCAAAAUGCGAUGCAACGCAUGGAGGCCCAGGUCGAGCGGAUCGUGAACAACGCGCGACUGAGGGAGAAGGAGAAGACUUCGUUGAGCAACCUGCAAGGUGCACUCGGCAGAACGUCUGGUCGUAGUUAUAAGGCGGCUCCCCGUCAAUUGCUCCAGGUCGACGCGACGAACGCUUCAACAAGCCCAACCGCUGCGCACUCCUCCGGCGCUCACAUCUCCAAGGCUGAUAUGACUGAAGGCGAGAAUGCGGCACGAGAAGCAGCGAAGAUGGGCCGCGAAGCCCUCGGGAACGCGUUCGAUGGCGUUCACAGGGACCCUUUGACCCACCGAGAGUCGUUGGUCAUCCUCGAGCAAAUGUACGAUCUUAUCCUCGAAAUCGACCAGAAACGGCGCGAUCAACCCCCACCCGAAGAGGAGGUAGAGUUUGAAAUUUGGACCGAGCACUGUGCGGCCAUUGCGGACAAGCUGUUUGAGAAGCUGAUGCUUUCUGUACCCCUCGAAACCAGCAUUCCUCAUCCAUUUGUCUCGAUCAUCACUCCCAUCAAGGGCAAGAGGCUACUUAUGCGCCUGGCGCGAUGCUUCGAUACCCAGCGCAUGCAGAUCAUGCUGACGCUCAUUGUGCUACGCCAAGCUCCCCUCCUGGACACGCUAGAUGAGACGCGCGAAGUAAAGGAUCUAGAGCACCAGACGCAGGCGUUCAUGACCAGUGUUGUCGGCAGCAUCAUGAAUGUCGUAGGCACGGCGCAGAUGAGGCUUGUCAAUGGUCUGUUCGCCAUCAUGAUCGAAGGAGACCCCCUUGCGGUCGCUUUCACAAGACCUGGUGUUUCGCUCCUCACCAUGUUCUGCAGUCGUGCCGACAUGCUCAUCAAUAGCCCUCUCAACGAGGAAGAGGCUCCCCAGCCGGAGGAGAUGCACAAGUGGAGCACGCUGUACAACCACCUCUUCGACCUCCUCCGCCCGCGCCUCCAGCUCCUCUUCCCCUCGGUGCGCAUCAGCCUCAAGACGGGCGUGAACUUCACGCAGGUGCCGAACGCGGACGUGCUCGACCAGCCGGUGUGGGAGUUCCUCGCGACGUUCGCGCUCUUCGCGAGCGAGGAGCAGCAACAGGUGCUCAUCGCCAGCCUCCGCGACGUCGUGCUCGAGAACGUCGCGACGGCGACCAAGGGCUGGACCGGUGCCGACUCAGACGAGACGCGCAGGCUCCGGCUCGCGAACGUGAACCUCUUCCUGCGCUCGUUCGGGCUUGACGCGUCGCAGAUCCAGCUGUGA